AUUUUUUUGGCCAUUCAUUUUUCAAGAUUAACAUUAACAUUCUUGUGGUCCGUUCAUCCUUUCCUAACGAAUUUCCACCAACAGUUUUUGCAAUAAGGAAUUUUCGUAAAUAAGAAGUCUAGAUUGAUCCAAUUUUUGAGGAAUUAAUUAAUUAUAUAUUAUUUUUAUAUUGUAGUGAAUUAGUGGGAUGCAGUAUGUUCUGCUUGUAUAUAAAUAAUAAGCCUUUAGAUUAUAUACAUAUAGAAGUUAAUAAAAAGUAACAUAUAGCUGAGAGAGAAGUGAAAACAGAGAGAUGAUGAUGAUGGAGUGGAAAUGGUUAAGGUUUAUUAGGAUGGCAGUAAUGUUGUUGGUGUUAGAAGGAUGCAGAUGGUGUACUACUAAUGCUUGUUUGGAGCAUGAGAGAAUCGCUCUCUUGCAUCUCAAGCCUUUCUUCAAUUAUCAUAAUCAAUUGCAAAGUUGGGUUGAGGUGAAGGGUUCAGAUUGUUGUAAAUGGGAAAGAGUUGAGUGUAACACCACCACUAGGAGACUCAUACAACUCUCCCUUAAUUCUACAAAAUGGGAAGACAAUAUGGAAUACGUCAUGGAUAAUAGGAAUCUCAAUGCCUGGUAUCUCAAUGCCUCUAUGUUUCUUCCUUUUGAGGAAUUGAAGAGACUUUAUUUGUCGGGAAAUGUCAUAGGUGGUAGCCUUGAAAAUGAAGGCUUUGGAAAACUAUCAUCCACAUUGAGUAAUUUGGAGAUCCUUGACUUAAGUGAAAAUUACUUGAAUGAUAGCAUUUUGUUAUCUUUGAGUGAGCUUUCAUCUCUCCGGUAUUUAGAUCUAUCAAUCAACAAAUUUGAAGGAUCAAGUCAUCUAAGAGGUUUUCAAUUGCUUUCAAGACUCAAUAACUUGGAAACUCUUGAUUUAAGUGGGAAUUCUUUGAAGAAUACCAUUCUGUUCCAUAUGAGAAAUAUUUCAUCCUUGAAGACUUUAAGAUUGAGCGCUAAUCAGUUGAAAGGAAGGCUGGAUCAUAUUCACGGAUUGAAUAAUUUGACAAACUUGAAGUACUUGGAUUUAAGUGACAACAACAUUGAAAGCAUCUCAAACAAAGGUUUUCAAUUGCUUUCAAGACUCAAUAACUUGGAAACUCUCGAUUUAAGUCGGAAUUCUUUUAAGAAUAGCAUUUUGUUCCAUAUGAGACAUCUUUCAUCCUUGAAGACUUUAAGAUUGAGCGGUAAUCAGUUGAAAGGAAGGCUGGAUCAUAUUCAAGGAUUGAAUAAUUUGACAAAUUUGAAGUACUUGGAUUUAAGUUGGAACGACAUUGAAAGCAUCUCAAACAAAGAUGGAACACAAUGGAGGCUAACAAACUUAGAGGAACUUGAUUUGAGUGGUAAUCUCUUUCGGAACAACACAAUUUCCUUUCCUCAAGGGUUUUCAAGCCUAAAGUCUUUGACUUUGUCCUACAACGAUUUGCAAGGCUCAUUAGAUACUAAAGGAUUGAGCAAUUUAACAAAUUUGAAGAAACUCGAUUUAAGUGGGAAUCAAAUUGAAAGCUUUCAAUCCUUUAAAGAUGGUGGUAGAAUAUUGGAGUUGACCCACUUGGAAGAGCUUAAUUUAGAUGACAAUCUCUUCAAUACUAGUGUAUUUGCAUCCCUUAACAAGCUUUCAAAUUUGAAAUCUUUGAGCCUAUGGGGCAAUGAAUUGAAAGGAUCAAUAGAUAUGAAAGAUUUGGAUGCAUUUACUAACUUACAGAAACUAGAUAUGAGUGGGAAUCAAUUGAGAGGCUUUGUGGUCCACAAAGAAAACAAGGGAUUGAAAAAGUUAAAAGUUCUUCGUCUCCAAAGUAUUGUCACCGACGAUAGCAUUCCGCUAGAAAACUUAGUAGAGGCUUUCUCAUCAGAAUUAAGCAACUUGGAGGAAAUAAAUCUCGAUUAUUCUCGUCUCAACAUCAACAUUUUGCAAAGCAUUGGAGUAUUCACUUCUCUUCAAACUUUGUCUCUAUAUAGGUGUGCACUUAUUGGUUCCUUACCUGAUCACGGAUGGUGUGAUCUAAGGAACCUUGAAGUGUUGGAUGUGAGUUGGAAUGCACUUGAGGGGAUGCUUCCUCAUUGUUUCAGUAACUUGACAUCUCUUCGUGAGUUAGAUAUCUCCAACAAUCGAUUUUCCGGAAAUCUAACUCCUUUAGCAAGUCUUACAUCACUCAGAGCCAUUUCUCUUUCAAGUAAUCAUUUUCAAAUUCCAAUUUCAUUCGUACCACUUGCAAACUUUCCAAACCUUGAGGUCCUCUUGGCUGAUGAAAACAAGUUGGAAAUGGAACCUUCCUUCCACACCUUAGUCCCGAAAUUCCAAUUGAAAUUCAUUAGUUUGUCCAAGUGCAGAACAUCUCAACAACUCAGUCUUGAACUUCCUACCUUCCUUUACUACCAAAAUGACUUGAGAUUUGUGGAUCUUUCUCAGAACAAUUUCAGUGGAACUGUCCCAUUUUGGUUGUUAGAAAACAACACAAAGUUAGAAGAUCUCAUCUUGAAGGGUAAUUCUUUUACAGGUCCUCUCACAUUACUGUCGACUCCUAAUUCAAAUGUAUCUUCAAUCGACAUGUCUGACAACAAAAUACAAGGUCCGCUUCCAACCAAUAUAUGUUCAACUUUUCCACAUUUGGAGCAGUUAUUCUUAUCCAAGAAUGCCUUUCAAGGCAAUAUCCCUCCUUGUUUAAGCGCCAUGAAGAAUUUGUCAAUGUUAGAUCUAUCAAACAAUCAAUUGGCUGGAAAAGUACCUCAAGAGUUGGUCAGGAAAAGCUCACUAUUUCUUUUGAGACUGUCAAACAACAACCUCAAUGGAAAUGUAGUUCCUGUGAUUCUCAAUGCAAAUGGGUUACAAAAAUUAUAUUUGGAUGGAAAUAAUUUUUCUGGAGAGAUGACAAAUUUUGAUGUCUCUACUUUUCAGUUUCCAACAUCACUAACAGAUAUUGAUCUCAGUAACAACAGAUUGCAUGGAAAGCUUCCAAGAUGGAUAGGGAAUAUGUCACUUUUGGAGAGAUUAGACUUGUCUAACAAUGGUGUCGAGGGUUCUAUUCCAGUGGAAUUUUGCAACUUGAAUAACUUCAAAUUUUUGGAUCUUUCUGAAAAUAAUUUAUCUGGCUCUAUACCAUCUUGUUUUAAUCCUCCAAACCUAGAGCAUGUCCACCUGCACAAUAAUAGACUGGGUGGUCCAUUGUCACUUGCUUUUAAUAAAAGCACUUCACUAGUGACAUUAGAUCUUAGAGGAAACAAUUUUACUGGUGGUAUUCCAAAAUGGAUCGACACACUUUCUUCUUUGAGUGUCCUUCUCUUGAAAGCUAAUCAUUUACAGGGAAGAAUUCCAGUCCAGUUAUGCACCUUGUAUUCCUUGAGCAUUAUAGAUCUUUCUCAAAAUAGGUUUUCCGGUCCUAUACCUUCUUGUUUGGGAAAUUUAACUCUUCCAAUGAAUAAGGAUAAGACCAUGACACCAGAUUUAAUGUCGCCAACAUUUUCAGAACUGGAUGAAUUGAAACUAUUAAAGACGGGUAUACUUUUCGAGCACAUGAUGCAUUCCUAUAGCUACAUGAAAGAAUCGGUAGAGUUUACCACAAAGAGUGGAUCUUUCUCAUAUGGAGGCGACAUCCUUGAAUACAUGUCUGGGAUUGAUUUAUCUUGCAAUGAGUUAACUGGUCAAAUCCCACUUGAAUUAGGGAACUUGCGUGAAAUCCAUUCUUUGAACUUGUCACGCAAUAAGUUGGUCGGAGUUAUACCUUCAUCAUUCUCAAAACUUAAGCAGAUUGAGAGUUUGGAUCUUUCUUACAACAACUUGAGUGGUGAAAUCCCAAACCAGCUGGUAGAUUUGAACUCUCUGGGGGUUUUCAGUGUUGCACACAACAACUUGUCAGGUAGUAUUCCAGAACAAAACCAAUUUGGGACUUUCAUUGAAAGCAGUUACGAGGGGAACCCUUUUCUCUGUGGACCUAUACUUCAUAUAAGUUGCUCCAAAACCGGUUCAAUAUCAACAAUAUCAGAUGAUGAAAGAGAAGAUAGUUUUCUAGACACAUAUGUUUUUUGUGUGAGCUUUUUGGCUUCUUAUGUAGUUAUGUUGUUAACAAUUGUUGCUAUCCUUUACAUAAAUCCAUAUUGGCGAGGAGUUUGGUUUUCUUUCGUUGGGAAGUGCAUCACCAACUGUGGGCAAUCUUCUUGGGUAUUACAUCUUUAGAAGAUGUGUUUAGAUGAAUUUUAGGGAGUAUUUUGCUAGUUUUGCAUUUUGAAUAAAGAUCUUGUCUUUGGGGUAAGAAAGCUUAAGUCUGUCUUGUUUGUUUUAUUUUUGUAUAUAAAUAUUCAAUUAUCUAGUUUUUUUC